AUGACUACUUCGGUUAUUGAGCCGUUUGAAGUCAAAGGAUUUGUACAAAGUCUGGAAACUUUCUCCCUCAAGGAGUUGGGCUCUGCGAGAUGGUUCAAACAGCACGAACAUAUUGAAAAACUUAACAUGCAGGCAAUACUGAAUGUUUCAGCCAUGCAUGAUGAGCUUGUGAAGGAGCUGCUGGUGUCUCUUGGGAAGAUACCCAUCCUGAUCCAUGAGCUGAUCCUCGUGGAGGUGUGGAAGCAGAAAGUGUUUCCCAUCUUUUGUCAGCUGCAGGACUUCAAUCCCAAGGACACUUUUCAUCUGUACAUGGUGAUCCACCAUGAAGCCACAAUCAUAAACCUGCUUGAGACAAUAAUGUUUCAUAAGGAUUCAUGUGAAGCAGCUGAUGAUUCUCUGCUUGACUUGGUGGAUUACUGCCACCGUAAACUCACCCUGCUGGCCAGUGAAGCAACCAGGGAGGGUUCACUGACUCAUGACCAGUCCAACGUACUUGUCCACAGUACCCCUAUAGAGGACCUGCAGCGGCAGAGUGCUGCAUUGGAGUUUGAAAUCUCCCUGAAAGCUGUAUCUGUGCUGUGCUCCAUCACAUAUAACCCUGAGAGUAUCAGUGUUGUAAGUCGCAUGCUGUGCACGCACAACAUGCCUUGUGUGUUGGUUCAGCUGAUUGACUCCUGUCCUUGGAGUUGCUCCAAACAAGGUCAGGUACAGAAGUACAUUAAUGGCAAAUGGCAGACGAUCCCAGCUGAAGACCAUUCAAAGAUGACUAAACUAGAUGGUCAAGUCUGGAUUUCCCUUCACAAUCUUUUACUGAAGGAAGACUGCCAAAAAAAAUAUGACUUCAACAGUUUUAACAAGAACCAGCUUCUAAAGCUCAGGAGUUUCUUGACAGACGUACUGAUAGAUCAGCUACCAAACUUGGCGGAGCUUCGGCGUUUCCUUGCUCAUCUCGCCAUUACAGACCCAACGCCUCCAAAGAAAGAGCUAAUCUUAGAGCAGAUCCCUGAAAUGUGGAGCAACAUCGUCAAAGAGAACUCUGGGAAGUGGAAGGCAAUAGCGAAGUAUCAAGUGAAAGAAAUAUUCAGCCUUUCUGAGAGCGACCUGAGACAACAUGCCCAGAGGUUAGCCCAGACAUACAACUUGGAUGUGAUGGAAAAUUUACUCCCUGACAAGCCAAAAUGUGGAUCCUGUGGGAAGGAGGCUUCCAAGAGAUGCUCUCGGUGUCAGGGAGAGUGGUACUGCCACCGAGAGUGCCAGGUGAAGGAUUGGCCUAAACACAAGGAAGCCUGCCAGCUCUGAGGCCAAGGAGAAGAUCCAGAGGGACCUUCACACUGAGACUGAGAGGAAGACUGUUUGAACCAGAGGCUGAUGGGAGAGAGUUCACAGAUAGUUGGAAAAUAAAUCUCACAUGAUGCAAUAGGAUUAUUUUUU